UUCAACGCGACGUGCCCGCGAUGAAUAUGGCCACUGCUUCGACUUUUCCCCGAUCUCAGAUUCUCGGUAUUUAUCAUGCUCUGAAGAGACAUGACCUGUAAUGGACGACCAGGAGCCCAACCUACGCAUUCGCGUCAACCAAAUUGACUACAUCGUCGAACCGGCUGGCCCCCUCGAUAACGGCGCCUUACCCAGAGUGCCCAUUAUACGUAUCUAUGGCGAGUCAUCGGUUGGGAAGAAGGCAUGUCUGCAUGUACAUCAAGUGUAUCCUUACUUUUUUGUUGAAUACGACGGGCAAGUGAAGCCUGGGAAUGUAAAUAACUACAUCGCAAAAUUAAGCCAUUCGUUGAACCAUGCCAUCUCUUUAUCCUUGAAACGCAAUCCAAACUCGCACAACUCGCAAGUUGUACGCGCGAUAGUCCUCGUCAAAGGGGUCCACUUCUACGGUUUCCACGCCUCUUACUCCCCUUUCCUCAAGGUUCAUAUCGCCGAUCCCGCUCUUAUGAACCGCGCAGUCACGCUGAUGCGCUCUGGCACGGUUAUGAAGACGCAUUUUAGGAUAUACGAAAGCCACCUGAGCUUUCCCCUCCAAUUUAUGUGUGAUUUCGGGCUAUAUGGAUGUGGCUGGAUUGACCUCGCAGAAGUGUGGGUCAGAGGACAAGACGAAGACGAAGAGCAGCAAAUUGCUUCCAGAUCCUCGCCGUACUAUCGUCAAACCCGUAUGCCUCUUGAGCUGGACGUCGCCGCGCACCAAAUUCUCAACCGCCACAAGCUUGCCUCUCGCAAUUUUAAUCACAAGCUCAUGAUUCCUGCGCCACAUCUACCAGAUGAGCCCGUGGUGCUGAGUGUGCGCGAACUAUGGGAAGAUGAGCGCCGGCGCCGUGCUGAGCGUGGCUUAUCUCCGUCACCUCCAAUGCCAAAAGACCCUAAUGCAGAGUCAAGAGGUCCUGGCGGAGGGUGGAGUUCGGAAGCACGAUGGUGGGACGAGUUCCGAAAACGUAUCGAGCAAGCUCAGCCAUUGCAACCUUUAACGAGUGAAGAAGGGCCCUGGGAACGCUGGGUGAUGACCGCUUUUGAGAGUACUGAAGCUCUUUGGGAGGAAGAAUACCGAGCUUGGCGACCGAAACGGAGAGAAGCCGCACAAGUUCAGCCUAUGGAGGAUCAGCAGAAGCAAGUAGAGAAUCCGUUCGAGGCCCCAGCUACGGGCAGGUCCACCCAACUACAUCAAACAAAGCCAACAGAGGCUGAUGUCGACGAGACGAUUCUUUCGAGUCAAGAAUUGAACAGCCUGGUCGAGCACGAGGAGCUCGAAUGGACUCAGCAUCAGGAAGACGUAAUUGAGCGUGACGAUGGCGCUGACGCUGAACGCGCCGCUGAGGAAGGACCGCCACCAGAGCACGAAUUCGGGACCUCAGUCGAAAGGAGACCAUCUUCACUUAGACAACGGAAUCCUUUCAGCGAUGCGUGGGGGAAACUACCAGAAGAUGAUCGAGAUCUGGCCGAGCAAAGCGAAGCAUCUGAAGAGUCAAGGUUGUCUUCCCCGACCUUGCGACCACAAUCGCCAACUGCCCUCGGCCCUAUUGUUGAUCUUUCAGCUGACAACCCUUUUUUGGACGAGUUUUUGCGAAAGGCCGAAGCAGGGGAAAUUUUCGACCGGACGCCUUACCUCGUAAAACCCGACCCGCUGUUCCAGCAGAUAGAUCAGCCUGGAUACGAGGGUGCUGUCGAUUACUUCGAUGCCUCAUCCGCUUCAUUCGCAAAUUUGCCAGAGACCCCAAGGCCUCGGAAGCGACGCAAGCUCGAUCUAUCAAAUCUGCACACCCCGGUCGCUGCGUCGUCUCAAGCUACCUCCGUACCCAAGGGAACACCAUUCCCUCCGGCAAGCCUCAAGACACCGAGUAGGACUAGUAGCCAUGAGUACCGCCUUCCGCCACCCACCACCUCCGAGCUGUUAGCGACCCUAGACGCAUGUGGCGUACCAGCCAAAGUGUACCAGGAUCCAUUCUACUCAAACGAGGAAGAUGCACCGGAACACGCUCGGGAGUAUGCAGGGCUUGUAUAUAACCUCAAAGGAGGCACCGGCAUCAGCGCUUUGGAAGAGUGGGCUGGUCAUGAACCCUCAAGCGGACUACGCAAAUUGGAUAAUACCGGGGUUUACGGCUGGGAAUAUGCUAGUGUCCCUCCGAGCAUCGUGGGCCCGACUCAGGUGAACCGUUACGGCAUGAAAGCUUCUCCGCCAACACGACCCGUAGCUCGGGACAAGGGCGGCAUGACUGCAUUGUCAAUCGAAGUCUUUGCUCCGUCUCGGGAGGACAAACUCCCCGAUCCCGGCCUUGAUGAGGCCGUUGCGAUUUUUUACGCCCUCUACGAUUCGAACUGUCCAAGGGUGGACCACGGCACGCCGUUUGAGUGCGAGACUGGUGUCCUGCUUCUAGAGAACCCUCAGUUCGAUCCGCUUCGGCUGCGAGAUUGGAGGUUUGAAUCCGUGGAGUCAGAGCUCGACCUGAUCAACCAUGUCGUCGACGUAGUCCAAGACCUCGAUCCUGACAUCCUGGUGGGCUGGGACGUGCAAGCAGGAUCAUGGAGCUAUCUUUCCGCUCGUGCUGGCACCUACGGUCUGGACUUCGGAGAACAGAUCUCUCGCGCCCCUGGCCGAGCGCACGCUGUACAAAGCGAUCAAUGGGGACUUCGUACAACUUCGACAUUCCGGGUCAUUGGUCGGCAUGUUCUAAACCUGUGGCGAAUCAUGCGAUCCGAGCUUAGCCUAUCCAGCUAUUCGCUGGAGAAUGCCGUAUUUCAUGUUCUGCGUCGACGGACUCCGCGGCACUCUCCAGGCACGCUGACAGAGUGGUACCAUAGCAAAAUACCGGAGCAUACCUCCCGCCUAAUUCGAUAUUGCCUUGCGCGGGCAACAAUCGUUGUAGAGAUGUUGGAGGUAGCGGAGGUGAUCACCAAGAAUUCCGAGUUCGCGCGUGUGUUUGGGGUCGACUUUUUCUCGGUGCUGAGCCGUGGCUCGCAGUUCAAAGUAGAGUCCUUCAUGUUCCGAAUUGCGAAGCCAGAAAGCUUUGUCCUACUCUCUCCGAGCAAACAAGACGUCGGCAAGCAGAACGCGGCAGAAUGCAUGCCGCUCAUCAUGGAGCCCCUGUCUGCCUUCUACAGCAGCCCACUCGUGGUCCUCGACUUCCAGUCGCUAUACCCUUCCGUAAUGAUCGCGUACAAUUAUUGCUACUCCACGUGCCUCGGACGUGUCGUCGACUUCAAGGGCCAGAACAAAUUUGGCGUGUCAGAGUUGCACCAGCCGCCUGAGCUUCUCAAGACCCUUGAAGACUAUAUCAAUAUAUCUCCCAACGGCAUGGUCUUCGUGAAGCCGGCGGUCCGAAAAGGGCUGCUCGGGCGCAUGUUGACAGAGCUGUUGGACACCCGAGUCAUGGUGAAACAGGCCAUGAAGCGUGUCAAGGACAAUAAGGCAUAUCUUACCUUGUCAAAAUACUACGCAUAUACUCAUCUCGGAUACCGAUACCAGGCGUUAUCAAGAGUCCUGGAAGCAAGACAGCUUUCUCUGAAGUUCAUAGCAAACGUCACGUACGGGUACACCAGCGCGACGUAUUCUGGACGCAUGCCCGCUGUCGAAAUUGCAGAUGCGAUUGUGCAGACUGGCAGAGAGACACUGGAGAAGGCCAUAAGACUGAUCGACUCGACGCCGAAGUGGGGCGCAAGAGUCGUGUACGGCGACACGGACUCUUUGUUUAUAUAUCUCCGUGGCAAGACCAAGGAGCAGGCGUUCCGCAUCGGACAAGACAUUGCCGACACCGUGACCGCCACGAGCCCCGCGCCUAUCAAGCUGAAGUUUGAGAAGGUGUAUCUGCCCUGCGUGCUUUUGGCCAAGAAGCGGUACGUGGGGUUCAAAUAUGAGAGCCCCGACGAGGAAGAGCCGAGUUUCGACGCGAAGGGUAUCGAGACGGUGAGGCGCGAUGGCGUGCCUGCGCAGCAGAAGAUGGUGGAGACGUGCCUCAAGAUCCUCUUCAGGACCCAAGACCUCAGCCAGGUCAAAGACUACUGCUGCAGCACGUGGGCACAGAUCCUCGAGAACCGGGCGUCCCUGCAAGACUUCAUUUUUGCGAAGGAGGUCCGGCUCGGGACGUACGGCAACGACGGGCCCCCGCCGCCGGGCGUCGCCGUCGCGACGCGCCGCAUGCUCGAAGACGCGAACGACGAGAUUCAGUACGGCGACCGCGUGCCGUACGUCAUCGUGCGCGGCGCGCCGGGCGCGCGCCUCGUCGAUCGCGCGGUGCCGCCCGAGGCCGUGCUCAACGACGGGCACCUGCGGCUCGACGCACACUAUUACAUCACGCGCGUGCUCAUCCCGCCACUCGAGCGCAUCUUCAACCUCGUCGGCGCGGACGUGCGUGGUUGGUACGACGAGGCGCCGCGCGCGCACCGCGCAGAAGCACCCGCGGACCCGUCGCUCACGCCGCGCAGGCGCGCCCGGCAACAGCAGCAACAGCACCAGCAGGAGGCGCUGGCGGGCCGGCCCAGGAUCGAUGAGCACUUCCUGAGCGCGCACUGCCUGGCAUGUCGGUCGCCCACGGAGGAGGAGAGCGCUCUAUGCGAGGCAUGCUGCUCCCGUCCGCAGGAGACGAUCGGGACGCUGCUCGCGCGCGUGCACAGGACGGAGAGGCGGCUCGCGGACGUGCACCGCGUCUGCGCGUCGUGCUCGGGCGUCCCGCAGGCCGAGCCGGUGCGCUGCGUGUCGCUCGACUGCGCGUGGCUCUUUGAGCGAACGAAGCUCGAGCACAAGGCUGGGACGAUGCGCACGAUGCACGAGCUCGUCGAGGAGCUCGCCGAGAUGCAUGUGGAUGGGGAGGCUAGUAGUACUGUGGUAGGUGCCAAUGACGAAGAUACAGAGGUAACUACUUUGUUGUACAUUCCGUUUGACACGAGCUAAAGCUGGUUUACAUAGAUUGAGAUCGUCACAGAUCACGGCGGCACGUUCCCAUCGCGAUCGCAGUUACCUUCAGGCUGAGAGCUGGGCACGGAUCAGCACCUUUGUCUUCUGCUCCAUCUCGUCAAAGAUCCUCAGUGCGUCUGCGAGCUUGCGUGUCGCUUCUGUGUCCUGCGCUAGGGCGACACGUAGGGCCUCUGCGUUGUCUUUCAGGAAGUCGGUUUCGAGCACUGGGUAGACACGUAGGUGAUGUCACGGCAUUGCGAGGCACAGAAUGCAUACCUUGAGCAGGGACGUUGAUGGUGUCGACCGUUUGAGAUGGGACUUCUUUGUAUGGCUGGGCAGCGAGCUUGUCCAGUACCGAACCCGAGAGCGUGAGAUGAUCAGGUCCCAGAGCAGUUAGGGCCACCACCUGCGGAAGCGAGGGUGAGCGCUUAUCCUGUCGACUUUAGCUGGCGAAGCAACAUACCUCCUCAGGCGUGACGAUGCUGUCGCAGCGAUUCAAUCUAGGAUCUCAGGUACACUCUGUGCACUCGCCUUGCAGGCAUGACCAAGGUCUUUGAUCCAAUCGCCUUGAAACACUUGAUGACCGCGGCGAUAACGGGGCUCGCAGGGUGCUCGCGGACCGUGUCUUCAUACGCCCGCCAAACGGCCGGGUCAAAGUGCACGGGAAGCUCUACAACGAGAUCGUCAGCGAGUGGUGCGG